GUAUUUUUAGCUAAUAUUACUCCAGCCACGCAGCUUCCUCAGCUGUUCUGUCACUCCAGAAAGUGAGUCUGCCUUCACCAAGUUACACAGCCCAGACUAAGAGGUAGUUUGUUGGAGGUAUUACAAAUCAACCAUGGAGCCCCAGGAUACCAUCAACGCUAACGCUCAAGACCCUUCUACCGGCACUGGAACACAGGAGCCUGCCCAAUAUUCAAUAACAGGGCCCAGCACGGGUCUCCCGGACCAGCAAGGAAUAAACAGUCCUGCUGAAGUUGCCCAGGAGUCACCACAGCAACUAGAGGAGAAGCCAGAAACUGUAGUGGCACCAGAUCAGGCACAGACGAAGACAACCCUCCUGAAUCUGAAGGAGGACGGUCCUGCUCAGGGAGACGCGGCCAUCACUGACCUCGCGGAGGAUCUGGACAGGCAGCUGGAGGAUAUCAUCAAAACCUACGGCUCGGGAGAAAUCAUCUUGGGAAAGGAGGCUGGGGGGGAGGCAGGCAGGAGCCAGGGCCUGGACAAUGAGGAGGGAAUGUCUGAAGAGCAUUUUGAGGAGGCUGGGAAAGAGCAGCCAGAGACCACUGUGCCAGCUGAACCUACCAAGGAGAUGGGCAAGGAGCAGAAACUGGACAAGAAGAAGCUGAAAGGACUGGGGAAGGAAGUUGCCACACUGAUGCAGAACCUGAGUAAAACCAACUCAGCUGAGGAGCAGCAGGAUGCUUUCAUUGGGAAGUACGCUGAACUGCUGGAGGAGUACCGUGGAGAGCAGAAACAGAGGAAGCUGUUACAGAGGAAGUUGGAUCACCAGAGCAGGGAGAAGGACCAACUGCAGAGUGAACACAGCAGGGCAGUGCUGGCUCGGAGCAAACUCGAGAGCUUGUGCCGAGAACUCCAGAGACACAACAAGACUCUCAAGGAGGAGAGUUUGCUGCGAGCGAGGGAGGAAGAGGAGAAACGGAAAGAGGUGACGAAACAUUUUCAGGACACUCUGAUGGACAUCCAGGCUCAGAUAGACCAGCACAGCCAGCGGAACGUCAAGCUCUGCGAAGAAAAUACUGAGCUGGCCAGUAAACUGAAAACCGUCAUCGAGCAGUACGAAACACGGGAGGAGCACUUUGAAAAGGCCUUCAAGCACAAGGACCUACAGCAACAGCUGAUGGAUGCGAAGCUCGCACAGGCACAGGAGCUGAUAAAGGACGCAGAGGAACGACACCAGCGAGAAAAAGACUAUCUCCUGAAUCAAGCAUCAGAGUGGAAGCUGCAAACCAACAUCAUGAAGGAACAAGAAACCCUGCUCCGAGCCCAGCUCAAGCUAUAUGCUGAGAAGUUUGAGGAGUUCCAGGGAACACUGACAAAGAGCAAUGAAACAUUCAGCAACUUCAAACAGGACAUGGAAAAGAUGACAAAGAGGAUGAAGAAACUUGAAAAGGAGACAAUAAUGUGGAAAACCAAGUGGGAAUCCUGCAACAAGACUCUCCUGGACAUGAUUGAUGAGAGAGAACUGCGAUCCAAGGAAUACGAGUGCUUUCAACUGAAGAUCCAGAGGUUGGAAAACCUUUGCAGAGCUCUGCAGGAGGAAAGGACUGAGCUCUACAAGAGGAUUAUGAAUGUCCGCGUCAGGGAAGAACAACCAGAGUCCCAGGUGGAUGAAACAAAGAGUGUUGAGAAACAGGAGCAGGAGGAGAAAGGUGCAGAGACAACCCUGAACUCCGCUCUGGGAGAAAGCCGACAGCAGCGUCUGGCCAUAGCCUUCCAAGUGGUGCAUCCUGCAGAGGAUUCAAUCCACACAGAUGAAUUCAUGGGCAAUGAAAAUGCACUGGAGCCUGAGACAGAAACUCCGACAUCAAUCACAGAGGCUUUAAGGUCCGUAUUACAAGGAAACCAGGCAGGGGUAAACAAUGCUACAGAAACACCCACACCAGUUCCGGAUCCUACUCCAGCUCCAGCUCUAGAUUCUACUCCUGCUCCAGCUCUAGAUUCUACUCCUGCUCCAGCUCCAGCUCUAGAUUCUACUCCUGCUCCAGCUCCAGUUCUGGGGUCUGUAUCAGUUUCUAGUUCAGUUCCAGUUCUUGAAUCUGCUCCCGCUCCAGCUCCAAAGCAGAAUUUGACUCCAGCUCCAAUUCCAGUUCUUGAUUCUGCUCCUGCUCCUGUGCCAGUUCCAGAAGCUGUUUGGGAAGCAGGAGGUUCCACAGAGGGACAGAGGCCUGUCCAGGAGGAGAUUGUGAGGCAGAUAGAAGAGACAGACAUGGAUGCUGUUGACUAAUUGGAAGGCAUAAUCAGACGCUGUCUAUCAAUUAUUAACACUUACUGUUAAAACAUGGGUUUGCUUCCCAACAUUCUGUGCGGUCAAAUGUAAAUAUGUCUCGACUCUGUGGUUUUCUUUUCCUUUCUUCACACUGACUCAUAAGAAAAACACUUAUUUCCAGUGCAUUUUGUGAACAC